AUUCCUAACGUGAUAAGCAGGACAUCGAGGCGUUUUUUCCCGUUAAUAACCACUAAGCAGAAAUGCUUAAAACUGGGUCUUAGUCAACUCUCUUACGUGGCUGCACCUCGUUACACGCUUCAACAUUUAAUAGCGUAGACUUCAAUCCAGUCUAUCAUUUCGUAGUGUAGGGGAAUACUGAAUCUUGUAAAUAUCACAAAAUUAGAAUAAUUGGAUUUCACUCUGCUACUGUUAGUUACUGCCGAUUAGGCCCUUUGUAAGCGUAGAAAGGGCUUUAAUGGAUUUGUGGCAAACAGCACGGAGCUUCGCGGAGGAAGCAGCAAAGCGAUCACAGGAGUUCACUAUAGAAGCCGUUAAGCGUUCACAUGAGCUCAGCAUUGGCUCCUCCAAGUUAUCCGACGUCGUUUCUGAGGCUUCCAAGCGUUCUGAGGAGAUUGCCGCCGAAGCUUCUAAGCGCUCUAAGGAGAUGGUUGCGGAAGCUUCUAGACGCGCCGACCAGAUCAAGUUUCAAAUUCCCGCUGCACUGCCCUCUCUAGAGUCUAGCCUCGUCAACUACUCAUCUUCCCCUCAAACUGCUUUAUCUGCUCCUUCGGCUGCUGAGCUCGACAAGUUUGGGGUUACUGAUGAGCUGAGAGAGUUCGUUAAGGGCAUCAGUAUGAACACAUUCCGGGACUUUCCGCUUCAAGCCUGCAGGAAGGUGAAAUAUUGGAAACUAGACCAUACAUUGGCUGCUUGCUGCUCGGAGAAGUUGUGGGUGAAAUACACCUGUAUGUACUCAUAUGGGUAAUGCAUGAUAAUCCAGCUCAUCUGAAAUAGACAAAUACUUAAAUACUUGCCACCUUCCUCAGCUCUUUCAUCUUGUCCAUUUCUUCAUCCCUUUUCUUUCUUUUUCAACUUUUAAUUUCCCUGGAGUUGCAGAAGAUAAGGUAUGUGGCCGAGGAGGACAGUCGAUAUACAAUGUUGUUCAUUUCGAAGGUGUAAAGUUGAAAUUCAUUUAGUGGCCGUACCAUUCACCUUUUAUUAGCUCUAGUACUGGCUGCUUUUCGUUCUACAUCAGAUUCUCGACAUAGUAAACAUAGUUGUAAGUUCAGGCUGUAUAUUGCGUUUCAAAUGCUGUGCUAACUUUCCUUUCUGAGUUGCUGGAAGAUACUCUAAGUGUAGUUUUUGUUCAUCA